CGCUGCGGAUACGCGCAAUAUCAUCUGUCGUCUGGAGAUUCACGAUAACGCUAGACAUGAUGAUUCGUUUUGACCUUGAAUUCAUUUUGAAUAGGAAGUGACAGAUUUUGUGCCUAUUAAUAGGAUAUAACGAUAGGCUACAAUCUCAUGAAAAAGAAAAGAGAUAUAUUUGCCAUUUUGGGUAGCGUAUAAAAAAAAUUUGACCGGCUAGGUCGCCCUUCUUGCAAAAUACUGAUACUGCAACACAACGUUUUGUCUAAAUAAUUGGCUGGCGUGGAUAGAAAAUAUUAUUUAAGCUUCGGAAUUGUUUGAAAAUAACAAUUUUUAUUCAUGUAUCAUUAUUUAAUUUAAAUUUAUAUCUUAUAAGAAGAGGGAAGGCCUGUCAGCGAAUGUAUUUUCAUCUCGUGAAUUUCACCUACAGCUGUCAUUACAUAAUAGCAGUAAGUAGGACAAGUUAUUAAAUCGAGCGGUGAGCCAUCGAAGCCGAGUGCGAUUAAUUAUUAUGUAACUGCUCAAUUUCAUGCACAAUAAAUUUUUAAAUGGGUUAAAAUGUGCUGAAGAGUAUUUCAGGAUUUGGAGAACUAUUCAAAAAUGAAACCUAGAAUUUCUGUAGACGAAACUUUACUCCCAGCUCUGCUGCAGUGCUUUGGAAUAAUAUUUUUAGGUUACCUGCUGGGAAGAACGAAAGUUUUACGUAGUCACGAAGCUAGUGGAUUAUCAAAAUUUGUACAGUAUUUAUCUCUACCUGCUUUGAUAUUUGUUGAAAUAUCAACUACAGCUUUUACAACUGUAAAAUGGGAAUUUAUUGCAGCAGUUUUUGUUACUAAAGCAUGCAUUUUUGCUUGUGUUUCUUUAAUGGCUAUAAUAUUAACCCAUCCUCCUCAUCUAGGAAAAGUUGGCAUUUUUGCAAUUGCUGUAACACAAAGCAAUGAUUUUGCUCUUGGUUAUCCUCUUCUCAUGUCACUGUAUGGUAAUACACAUCCCAAAUAUCCAGCAUAUGUUUAUAUAAUAGCUCCUAUUCAACUCUUAAUAUUUAACACAAUUGGAUUCUUUUUAAUAGAAACUGAAAAGCAUGAUAGUGAAGGUUCAAGAAGAUAUCAUUUUUUCAGCAUCCUGAAACGAACUAUUAUGAAUCCUGUUGUACUUAUGACUCUAACUGGUUUAAUUUGGAAUGUUACUUAUGGGCAAGAAAUGUUACCAAUUUUUAACUCAAUUUUAAAAGCUUUCAGUUCUGCUUUCCCCGCCACCGCUCUACUUUUAGUUGGGUAUACAAUGUCUAAAAAGAGUGAAACAUAUGAAAACCAAAUUCCUUUGACUGUAGUGCUUCUUGUGCUCAUGAAAAAUUUAGUUUCCCCUAUUCUAUUCCAGAAAUUUUCAGCACUUAUGCUAGAGGGAAGCACAGACAGAGAGAUAGAAGAUUUUAGUUGUUUUGGCUUCUUAUAUGGAACAAUACCAACUGCACCAACUGUUUAUGUUUUUGCUACACAGUAUGAAAUAUGUGUUGAUAUAAUAACAAAAACCAUCAUUAGCAGCACACUAUUUUCAGCCCCUCUGAUGUUUGCUUCAGCAUCUGCAAUUUCUCUUACACAAAUGGGCAUCAAAAACACAACAUUUUACAUAAGCCAAACAAUCAGUUAUUUGGGUUGUGCAAAUUUAUUUACUUGCAUGUGGUUGCUAGUGUUAUUUUUACUUGGAAGGCAUUGGAAAAGCAUAAAUUUUAAUGUAACACUCCAUCUUGUUGUUACACAAACUUUAACUGCAAUUGGGGGCCUGCUAUUAUUUUUUUCACCUCAAGAACAUACAGUAAUGUUCUAUGCUCAGUAUAUAAUCACCACUGGCAGUAUAUAUGCAACUCGAAUGUGCACUGUAUUACUUGCUGUUCUACUUCUUCUUGCAAGAUGGAGAAGUUUGUGUUAUAUUUUACAAAUAAAAAAUCAUAUUUCAACAUUAUCGAUAGUAAUAUGUUACAUAUUGCCCUAUGCAAUUGCAGCUGCUUUAUUAAUUAAAAAAGGAUCCUCACCUUAUGACCCAGUCUUUCAGUUAGGGUUCAUUCAGAUUCUUUCGACAUUUAUUUUAACAUUAAUAUGUUUGUUUAGCACAAUACUUUGCCUUAUUUCACAGCAUGUUUGCUUCAGAAAGAGACUAAACAAGUAUAAUCAAACUUCAUAUCAACAAUAUACAUCACCUCACCAUUCUUCAAAUCCUAAUACUACUUUAAAUAAUAUGUGUACUGACAUUGAAGACUUGGGUAAAAACAGAGGUGAAAGUUUUGCAGAUGAAACUGAAGAUCUGAUUUCUGAUGCUAUUAGUCAAAGACUGUGUGAUUCAAGCUAUCAGUGUAGUAAUGAACGAAGAAGGUUGUGUACGAUUGAAGUAACAAACUAUAUUCACCAACAAGAAAAAAUAGGAUUGUAUGAUGACCAACAAAUUUUAAAACACACAGCCCUGUUAAUUACACUGAGUAUAGCAAUGACACUUAGUUUAGCAGUCUGUGUAUGGAAACUCAUGAGAGAAGAUAUAAAUGGCAUCUAUAUAGAACUUGAGUUUCUAGACAUUAUAAUGAGUUACAGUGGGGGAAUUGUAUGUUUUUUUGUUUUUGGAUUAGAUAGAGGAUUCUUAGAUAUAAUACAAGCAAAAUGGUUAAAACUGAAACAUUAUUACGAGAAUUUUUACUACAAUGAAUCUACAUCUUCACCUAGAGUUUGUGAAGAGUUUAUGUUGCUAUAUUAUGAAAAAUGUAAAAUGGAAAUUGCACAAAUUAUCACUUUCAAUGGCACUUCCAAUAGUCAUGCAUUUAUAGGGCCAGACUUGAUAGAAUGGCUUCUAGAAGCAGGCAUUGCUAGAGAGGACAAAGAUGCUGAAAUAUAUUGUAAAAAUCUUUUGCAAGGACAUGUGAUACAAAACUUAAAUGGAAAUGAAAAUUUUUUUGACAGUUCAUCGUUAUUUAUAUUUAUAGGUACACCCAUAUAAAACUCCAAAGUUUUAGCGCAAACAUGGUACCUGAAAUAACAGUUCAUUAUUUCUUAUUUUUUCUUUUUUAAUUAUCAGUAACAUAAUUUUAACAUCCAAGCUCAAUAUUUCUUGUUCCUUUCCAAUACUGUGAAUAAUUUUAGAAUUUAACAACCAAAAUUUCUAUAUUAAAUUAUAUCUCUUUAAUCUACAAAAUUUAUUAACUUUUUUUUUUUUUUUUCAAGUUACUGUUUUCUUUUCCAUGAAAAGUUGCACAGUUGUACAAAUGUGAAUUAUUGUUUUAUGGAAAAUGUCAAAUUUGAAUCUUGAGCAUUCACUAUAGAUUGUACAAAGAAUAAAAAAUAUGCUAUGUAAUUAAU